CACAUUCAUUCUUUGCUUCACCCUUUUAAAUCACGAGAUCCCCAUCUUUCUCUUUCUUUCUUUUCUGUUUCUCUCUCUCUCUCUCUGCAUGUCUUCUUCAAGGCCUCUCUGUUUCUCUCUGUAUUGUAUUGGUUGGUGGUGGUCUUGUAGCUUCAACGACAGACAUUGCUGAAACACCAAAGCGCAAAAACAAAGCCUAGAGAGAGAAAUCCAGCCAACUCAGAGAAUUUAGCCCACAUUUCUCGUUCGAAAAUGACGCAUUCUGGAAAACCCAUCUCCGAACUUGAAAUUGAUACUCUGACCGAUCGGUUUCGAGACUCUCUCACCUAUGACACCGCCAACACCAACAAGCCCGACUUCAGAGAACUCGAUCUGGGCUCACCAGUCUCGCCCUUGCGGACUCGCCACUCGGGCGGACCCGCCGCGAGUGGACUCACCACCACCACCGCCACCACCACAACCACAACAAGCAGCAGUUCGAGCUCGUCUGGAUCGGUCUCGGGUAGAAAUGGGUCCAAUCAGUUAUUCAAGAAAUCCGAUUCGGGUGGUAACAAUCACUCUGGGGAGCUCUCGGGGUCCGUCGAGAGCUCCCCAACGGCCUCCGGAGGCUCCCGGGGCGUUAAACCCGGGCACCGGAGGUCCGAUUCAUGGAACUCUCCCCCGUUAAUCUAUUCGGGUGGGAGCUCCGUGAAUUCGCCUACGGUCAAUGUGCUUCCGACAGGCAAUAUAUGCAAGUCGGGCAAGGUUUUGAAGACGGGAAUGGCGAGUCGGAGCUCAAAACACGAUGUUUUGGGUUCCGGAACCGGCAAUUACGGACACGGUAGCAUAAUGCGGGGCGGCACCGCCGCCAAAUUGGGCGGAGAAGGGGUGGUUGGGGGCGGAGAUUCGGUGAGGAGAGUCAUGUCGAGUGCGGAUCCGGAGGAUUUGAAGAGGGCAGGGAAUGAGCAGUACAGGCUUCGGAAUUUGGGCGAGGCGUUGAGUUUGUACGAUCGUGCAAUUGCGAUUUCGCCGGGAAAUGCUACGUACCGGUUCAACCGUGCGGUGGCGCUGACGGGUCUCCGGCGAUUCGCCGAAGCAGUGAGGGAAUUGGAAGAGGCCAUUAAGUUGGAUCCAGGUUAUGCCAAGGCACACCAUCGUUUAGGAUCUCUUCUUAUUCGUCUAGGACAAGUUGAAAAUGCCAGGAGGCACCUUUGUUUUCCUGGAUAUCAACCAGAUGCGAGUGAGUUGCAAAAGUUGCAAGAAGUAGAAAUUCAUUUGAGCAAAUGCACUGAUGCUCGGAAGAUUGGUGACUGGAAAAGUGCAUUGAGGGAAAGUGAUGCUGCCAUUGCUGCUGGAGCUGACGCUUCUCUUCAGCUGCAUACGUGUAAAGCAGAAGCCUUCUUGAAGCUUCACCAAGUAGAAGAUGCCCAUUUGAGCCUAUCAAACGUUCCCAAUUUUGAACUAUCUAUUUCCUCUAGCUCACAUUCAAAAUUUUUUGGGAUGCUGUUGGAAGCGUACCUCUUUUUUGUCCAAGCGCAAAUUGAGAUGGCUUUUGGAAGGUUUGAGAAUGCAGUUACAGCUGCUGAGAAAGCAGGGCAGAUUGAUCCUCGGAAUAUUGAAGUCUCAGUUCUGCUCAACAAUGUAAGGCUGGUGUCGAGAGCUCGUGCCCGUGGCAAUGAUCUCUUCAAAUCCGAAAGGUUUACUGAAGCCUGCUCUGCCUAUGGUGAAGGCCUCAGGUUUGACCCAACAAACUCGGUUCUCUACUGCAACAGAGCAGCUUGUUGGUAUAAGCUUGGGCUUUGGGAGCGUUCGGUUGAUGAUUGCAAUCAAGCUCUACGUAUCCAACCUAACUACACCAAAGCACUGCUUAGAAGGGCUGCCUCAAACAGCAAGCUUGAGCAUUGGGCUGAGGCUGUCAGAGAUUAUGAGGUCUUGAGGAAGGAGCUUCCUGAUGACAAUGAGGUUGCAGAGUCUUUGUUCCACGCCCAAGUUGCGUUGAAGAAAUCCCGUGGGGAAGAAGUCCAUAACAUGAAGUUUGGUGGGGAAGUUGAGUUAGUAACAGGUCUCGAGCAGUUCAGGGCUGCAAUUUCUUCUCCAGGUGCUUCUGUAGUCCAUUUCAAAGCAUCAUCCAAUCUGCAAUGCAAGCAGAUAUCUCCUUUUUUUGACACCCUAUGCGGACGUUACCCGUCCAUAAAUUUUCUUAAGGUGGAUGUGGAGGAGAGCCCUGCGCUUGCAAUUGCUGAGAACGUGAGGAUUGUACCAACGUUCAAGAUUUAUAAAAAAAGCAGCCGGGUUAAAGAAAUGGUUUCCCCGAGUCCAGAGGUGUUGGAGUCAUCGGUGAGGCAUUAUAGUUUCUAGAACAACACAUGAGCGUACUACUAUACUAUUGUUUAUCCUCCUUUUUUUCUCUUGCAUUCUCUACUUCUAGCCCAACACGCUGAGCUUGGUAGGAAACUCUUUUUCUUCCAUAGCUCUCUCAUCACUUCCCAUCCCCACCAUAACCAGGAUUAUGCGUUGUCUGUGACAUAAAUGAAGCCUACUGCAGAAUAAACUCUUUAGAAGUCGUUGCCAUUGGAACCCCGGGAGAUAAUCUAGUUUUUUUUUUUUGUUGCUUUUUUAUUUAUUCAUUCAUUCCUCAUUGCUCUCUGGUUCCAUCUUCCUUCCAUCACUCCCCCCCUUUUUUUUGGCCCUCCAUAGUUCUUUGUUUUUCAUUUUCUUGUAGGCUGGCCUUGUUCUAGUAGAUAUCUCCUUGGUCAUUGAGAGUAGAGCAAUGUGUGUACAAUUCAUUGAAUCAGGUCAGAGAGAGAGAGAGAUGGGUUGGUGGCUGGCUGGCUGGCUUUUAGAUGAGGAUAUGUACAUGUAUAUAUAAUGAUGAUAUAUACAAAACAUGAAAGCCAUUGAGGGAGAUUUGGAUGGUCUUGGUGGGUAAUUUACAGGGUUGGUGAAGGAAGAGGAUGAAUAUGAUGUGUUGUUGAUACUGUUAUUUCUUUGCACAACCAUUUCAUCAAUAAGAAAUUGUCAAUUUUUUUCCUUGUGU